ACAGAAAUCAAAAUUGCGCACUUCAAUGAUGUCUACAAAGUAUCUGACCAACCCCAGCCUAACAAUCCCCAGAAAAAAAUCAACGUCGCCAAGUUUGCAACUAUGUUGGACAAUGUCCGACAGACGUGGAAAGAUAACGGACACGGAGAAGGUCUAACUUUGUUCUCCGGGGAUGUGUUUUCCCCGUCUCCCCAUAGCUCGAUAACACGUGGAAAACAUAUGACAUCAGUGAUGAACGCGCUGAACGUCGAUGUUGGCGUAGUAGGAAAUCACGAAUUUGACUUUGGAUAUCCCCGACUGGCUGAACUAGUCGAAAUGGCCAGUUUUCCCUGGCUUUUAAGCAACGUUGUCGAUACCACGACCAAUGCCGUUCCUAAACCAAUGAAAGAGUUUCAUGUUGUGGAACACGCCGGAGUUCGCAUAGGUUUCAUAGGCCUUGUAGAGAAGCAGUGGCUCGAGACCAUCACCGGUUGGCCCAAGUCAUUCGAAUGGAUGGAAAUGAAAGAAGUGGGUUUGAAGCUUUCCGAGUCAUUGCGAGACCCUGCCGGACCACACAAAUGCGAUCUCCUGAUUGCGCUGACUCAUUCUCGUUACACAAAUGAUAUCGCGCUGGCUAGAGACCUCUUCGCUUUGUCUCCGAAGGCACAAGCGACGGAUGACAUUGUCACUAGGCAUGGUGUGGAUCUAAUUCUUGGAGGACACGAUCACGACUACUGGAUUUCUAAAGGCGUCUCUUCUUGGGACGGCUACGACCUCAGCACUGAGCUACUGGGUGCCGAAGAUGAUCGUGGUGAUGUCUUGGUGAUUAAGAGCGGCACUGACUUCCAGGACUUGAGCGACAUUUCGCUUGUGCUAAAGGAUACCGGAAACGCUUGUGUAAGACGUAAGAUCAUUGAGUCUAUUCAUGGCACUCGCCAUGUUACUACCUGGGAACUGAAAGACAACGAACCGAUGAAGAACCUCAUUCAUUCAGAGGUAGCAAAGAUCAAUGAGACGCUGCCUUACCCAAUCUGCGUAUUGAUCUGGGUCGUCGAGUUGCCGUUGAAACUGAUAUUUCGAUCACAGUCCGCUCUCGCCAAUUGGGUUGCAGACUGCCUUAAGCCAGUAUAUGAUGGUGUGCUCCGUAAAAAUAACCACAGCCCUGUGGAUGGGGUGAUAAUCUGUACAGGAGAUAUCCGAGCGGGUGACUUCUCCGAAGGUCCGCUCACACUAGAAAACCUCAUGGAUAUGGUUCCAUUUACGGAUCCGAUGGUUGUUCUGGAAAUGGACGGAGAAGCUGUUUGGAAGGCGAUCGACUCUGGACUCUCGAAAUGGCCAGAGACGGAAGGACGUUUCCCUGCUAUCUCUGGAUUCCGGGUUACAUGGAGAUCUUCGAACAAGGCAGGUCAUCGUGUGGAGCAGAUUUUACUUGGUUCAGAAGAGGUUCAUCCAAAUCACGAUCGUAUGUACACCGUUGCCGUCGGCGGUUAUAUGGCGGAGGGAGGAGACGGAUACAGCAUUUUGAAGGAUCAGAAGGUCGUUAUCAACGACGAAAAUGCCAAGAUGAAGAGUGCAUUGAUACAACAGUUUUUGUCGGGUGCACAUUACGUCAACAAGGUUUCGCACAAUCCUGAAAUCAAGCCCGCGAACCUCCUCCCAGAGACCUUCCGCUUC